GCGUUCCCCCCGGACAGGGAGCCGCUGCCGCAAAAUGGCGGCGGCGAGCGGGGUGCUCGCCGGUGAAAUGGCGGGAGAGCCGGGGCCCCGGAUGCACGGAGAGCAUGCGCGGCAGCUGCCCGUGGGUCCCGCCGCGCUUGGUAGGCGGGGCCGGCUUGGACGUGGCCAAUGAGUGCGCGGUCCGGACCUCCCAUGGGUGGGAGACCGGGGUAGACGAGGCCAAUGAUUGUGUGGUCCGGGCCCAGGUGGGCGUGACCAAUUUUUUGUAGGUGGGGUCAGUGGUUCCCACUUGUUGAAGUGGCCCCCUGCUGUGGGCGGGAUCAGUGCCGACGUGGUGGGCGGAACCGGCGUGGACGUGGCCAAUGAGUCGCCAUGUCGUCCGACGAAGGGAAGCUGUUUGUGGGCGGGCUGAGCUUCGACACCAACGAGCGCUCGCUGGAGCAGGUGUUCUCCAAGUACGGGCAGAUCGCCGAAGUGGUGGUCGUCAAGGACCGGGAGACGCAGCGCUCGCGGGGCUUCGGCUUCGUCACCUUCGAGAACAUCGACGACGCCAAGGACGCCAUGAUGGCCAUGAACGGGAAGUCUGUAGAUGGACGGCAGAUCCGCGUGGACCAGGCGGGCAAGGCGCCCGACAGCCGGGCCCGGGGCGGCCGCGGCUUCUUCCACGGGGGCCGGCCCCGGGGCCGCGGCUACUCCGGAGGAGGAGGGGACCGAGGCUAUGGAGGUGGUCGCUACGAGUCCCGCAGUGGGGGCUCCAGGGAUUACCGAGACUACUAUGGCAGCCGGAGUCAGCAUGGCGGCUAUGGAGACCGGAGCUCUGGGGGCUCCUACAGGGAUGACUACGACAGCUACGGUAAGGGGGGCUCCAGGGGCACUGACCCCACGACCUGGCUGUCCCCAGGCCGGCCCCAGAGGCAGUCUGUGCUCUGGCCAGGGGUGGGGGCUCCCAGGCGGUGGGCCGCCUUGGGAGUGGAUGCUGUCUCUCAGUGCUUGGGUGCCUUCACGCUGUCCCUGCUUCUUGUCCUCAGCUACACACCACGACUAAGAGGGGCUCAGGACCGCCCUCCGCCCGGCCACCGCUCACCCAGUGCCCACCGCUGCCGCCCGAACCCCCGGCUGCGCGCUGCGAGCGCUCGCGCUUUUUUUUUUGCAGAGAGCCGGGAGUUCUCCGAGCAGCUGGGGUCGUGUGGGCAUUUACUUGUUUGUCUCAGUUUUGGUUUUUGGGUUUUUGCUUUGGUUUUUUUUGUUGUGUUGCCUUCUGUCUCUGACCGGGGGGAGCAGCCCCGGAGGACACUGGCUGGCCCUCGCUGUCCCACCAACAGCCGGCCGCCUACCGUGUGGUCAUGGUCCCGGCCACGGAGCUCUUGUACGCCGUUGUCUCCGGCUUCACGAAGCCCAUUAAAGCCCGUGUGAAAUGAA